CGUAACAGUACCCUCAGUCCUCGAUAUCUUCAAAGGUCCAUAGGAAUUUUCUGCAUGAAGCAUGGAUAUGAUAAACAUGGUGGCUCAGAGGUUAACCCAAAGAUGAGAUCAAAUUCUGCUCAGCUCGUCCUGUAACCUGCGCGUCCACCAUUACGCUCGAUCCUCCCGGUCCUCAACCAGGUUUCGCAGCCAGAUUCACACGUCACUCACUCGAAUUGAUGCGGCGUUCCUCCUGCUCGGCCUUCAAGACUCUGCAAAACAACAAUGCCUGACCUGCAUCCCUUUGGUGGUCGUAUGAGCCGUCACUUUGGGAGAUCGCUGGCCCCGGAAGACGCCUACUUGAGUUACUAUGAUGUUCGAUUAACACGAGAAGAUAUAUCUGUGCUGAAAAAUGACUGGUUGACGGAUAAUGUCAUUGCAUUUUGGGAAGAGUACCUGGAACAUGAGUACCUCACCAACUUCAAACAUUCCCGCAUUAUCCUGCUUAGACCCACGAUGUCUUUCAUGCUCAUGCAAACACCCGAUCCGCGGACAAUAAAGGAUGCUCUCCCUGACUUUACGAAUGUAUCGCACAUCUUCCUUCCGAUCAACGACAAUCAUUCCGUGACAGUCGCUGAAGGUGGCACGCAUUGGUCACUGCUCCUAGUCUCAGUCGUCGACGGCGUUGCAUUUCAUUACGACUCGAUGCCCCCUGGAAAUCAACAAGAAGCACACUUUGUCACUCAAAAACUCUCCAAACUGAUCAACAAACCACUUCGAUUCAUCCAAUUACAGGACAGUCCCCUACAGGAUAACUCGUCUGAUUGUGGAGUCUUUGUCUGUCUUAACAUGCGGCAUUUGUUACUCAAAAGAUUGUUGAUGGUUCGAACGGAUUCAAAAGUCAGUAUGAGUCUGGGAGGGAGAGUUGUGGACGCGAGUGCCGGAAGAAAAGAGAUGUUGCGUAUCAUUGACGACUUUAGACGAGAAGGGGAACGGAGGAGGUCUACCAGCCACUCGCCCCAUACAGGAAGGAAGUCGAGGAGUCCACCGAGGAUAGAUUCGCCGAGGAGCAGGGAGUCAUGAUUGUGUUGACGUGUUCUAUGAUAUUCACCCCAGGUUGAUGUAUGAUGAGAAGGCAGACUUGGCGAAGGCGCUAUGGGAAUGUUUCAUUCUACGGACCGAGCCAAAUGGCUCAAUGUCCUGAUUAAGCUUCAUGGACUUGACGACAGACAGACUAUUGCCUCGACUAAAGACAUGAAGACCAGAGCCUCGAUGACCUGAGCAAGGCUGGAUAUCGGUCACGUGUCAGUCGAUUGACCUCAAUCUUGAAAUGAUUUUCCGACCUCAAAAA